GCGAAAGAGGUGUCUGCUGGAAGUAUGGGGUGCAUUCACAGCACGAGCACUGACAGGUUGAAGAAGCAUGGACCUGACACAGGGGGAAUCCCCAUAGAGGCUCCUGAGGUACAUCCUGAAAUCCUCCAACUUGCUGAGCUUGCCAAAGCAGGGAGCCACGCCUUCACGGAGAAGAGCUUCAAGAGGAGACGUGUGUGUGAUGUGUGCAAGCAGAACAUCGACAACCCUGGGGCUUUCUGCAAGGAGUGCAAAACUGCAGUUCACAAGACAUGUGAAGCCAAGGUGUCUCCCACCUGUACCUCGAUACCAAACCAGCACGACUCCAUUAAAUCAACAUCACAGAAGAAAAGAGGUUCCAUACCAAGGAGUAAAAGUGUGGAACAAGUAAUGGAGCAUGUGAUGGAACGCCACUACGACUUUGACCUCACCUACAUCACAGAGAGGAUCAUCUCUGUCUUCUUCCUGCCAGACCUGGAGGAACAGCGGUAUCGCAGAAACCUACAGGAAGUGGCUUCCAUGCUUAAAUCCAAGCACCAAGACAAGUUCCUGCUCCUGAAUUUAUCAGGGAAGAGACAUGACAUCACCAGAGUGAAUCCAACGGUGCAGGACUAUGGCUGGCCUGACCUUCACGCCCCACCCCUGGAUAGGAUUUGUGCUGUAUGUAAGGCCAUGGAGACUUGGCUGACCUCUGACCCCCAUAACGUAGUGGUCCUCCACUGCAAGGGUAACAAAGGGAAGACGGGGGUCAUCGUGGCAGCAUACAUGCACUACAGCAAGAUAUCAGCUGGAGCAGACCAGGCUCUCACCACAUUGGCCAUGAGGAAGUUCUGUGAAGACAAAGUCUCUUCUUCCCUACAGCCCUCACAGAACAGGUACAUAUACUACUUUGGUGGUUUGCUGUCAGGCACCAUCAAAAUGAACAGCAGUCCUCUGUUCCUCCACCAGAUCCUCAUUCCCUCACUACCAAACUUUCAGGCAGGAGGAGGUUUCUAUCCAUUCCUGAAGAUCUACCAGUCUCUACAGCUUGUUUACACCUCAGGCGUCUAUGAUCCCCAGACCUCCAGGGCGAGGAACCUGUGUGUGACUAUGGAGCCAGCACUAUUAUUAAAGGGGGACAUUAUGGUAAAGUGCUACCACCGACGGAGCCGAGCAGCAGAGAGAGAGGUGGUGUUCAGGGUCCAGUUCCAUACCUGCACCGUUCAUGGAGCCCAACUGUGGUUUGGCAAGACUGAACUCGACCUUGCCUGCACAGAUGACAGGUUCCCUCCUGAUGCGACAGUCGAGUUUAUCUUCUCUAAUGGGCCAGAAAAAAUCAAAGGUCGUGAAUACCGCAAGAAUGACGCCUCCAUCAAAGUGGACUACAACACAUCAGACCCUGUGGUUAGAUGGGAUUCGUAUGAGAACUUCAACCUGCACCACCAAGACAGUAUGGAAAAUAUCGCUCAUACAAGGGGCCCUCUGGAUGGCAGCCUGUACGCCCAGGUAAGGAAGCGACGAGGACCGGGCUCCACGGCCUCAGCAGCAUCACCUAACGGUUGUCUUACCAGCAGCCCAACAGUGAAGUCACAAGCUCCCAGCCAGCCCCAGACUCCCACCUACACCUCUGAGUCCAACCGUUCUUCAGUGCCCCCUGAUCAUUUGGAUGAUCCCUCCACAGCCCACCUUGAAAGACAAACCACUGACAGUCAACUGAGGAGAGGAGGAGAAGAUGAAACAAGAGAGAAAUCGCGAGGGAAAGAAAGGGAUAGAGAGACAGCAAUUUUAGAUGAUGGGGACCUGUCAAGCCCGGGGGGGUUGAGGCGAGAGCACUCAUGUUGUGGUCGAACAGGUAAAAAAUGUGGUGAUGUGGGAUGGGAGAGGGAGAGAGAGCCUUGCAUCUCGAAUGGUCACUGUGUUGGACGUUGCAACAGUAUUAAAAGCCAUCCAAAAAGUCAAACUCUGCCAGCCUUACCAUCCAAAUCUGUGUCACCUCCUCCUCAUCUGACUCGUAUGGAACUGUGCCAUCGUCAUAGCUCCCAUCCUUUACCAGAGUUACCAUGGGAACGUCCACCCCCACCACCACCCUUGCCCUGUCUCCACAGGCCAUGCUUCCCUUAUUCCACCCCUGAACACCCACACCCGCAUAGUCAUAGCCUCCCAGCUUCAAACAGACUUUGCACUGGGGACGAGUGUCAUCUCUUCCAUUAUUCUAGCCAUGCCCCAUCCUCUCAUCUCUCCCACCAAUCACUGCCGUCUAGCCCUUACAGGGAAAUGUUCUUCAGCUCUCCAACACCUUCUUCUGGUUGUCCUUGUCGGGACUGCUCCAGCAGGCGAGAGCACCAGUCAGCUCCAGUCAGAACAUUCCACCCGUUACACCCAAACCAAUCAGAAAACCCACACUGGCCCCAAGGAGCAGGGAUACAGAUAGAGGCACCUCCACUAUGGGAAAGUGAAAACCCAUGGGAGGUGACGAGAGAGGCAGAGUUCUGGCAGUGCAAAUCAUCCGUGCCACCAUUUCGCAUCUGCCACUCCACCUUGGAUCAGGGUCCAAACCCGGAGCAGCCUAGAUUUGCUCUUGCACCUCACCAGAGCUAUCCCAGCCCCCAGUCUCUAAUGGAUAUGCGGGAUGGAGCCAGCAGUGGGUACCACACCCCUCCACAUCCCCGCCACUCUUGCCCCUGCUCUCCUUAUCAGUCAUCUCCAGCCGAGAGCCAUGAGAGCCGGGGUUAUGCCUCAGGAUACCACUCUGGGUCAGUCUCUCCUCUGCCUGCUAGUAGCCCCUCUCCUGGAAGAGGAAGGCUCCCCGAGACCCCCUCUGGAGCCAGAGACCAGCAGCACCUUGAGCAUCACAAAGUGGAAAAGGCCAAGAUUAGUGCGGGGGAUGACAUAUCCCAGGGUUCAGAGAGUAAAUCUGACUCUAAUGGCCAGUCAAGCACCCCUGGACUGGACUCUGAUCAUGACUACACACUUAUUGGUAGCAACAGCCCCACACACACAGAAGACAGUAUAACUGCUGAAAGCACUCCUCAAAGCCAUGAAACUUUUACACCUCUGGAAUUCAACACAAAUAGCAACAAAACUACCACACCAGUACCGACAGAAACACAAACCCAAAGUUCCAAUAUAUCCAUGGGCCCCACACAACCAUCAAGUGAGCCUUCUCCGAGUUUGAGCGGCGCAACCAAGGUUGCAGGUAAUGUUGAGGCUACUAAUCAGUUACAGACUUCGACCCAUGACUCGAUCAUCAUUACCCCAGUCCAAGUGCAACUCAAUGGCUCGGCUCUUCCUAGUGAUACCCCAUCCAACAGCUGCAAAGGUGUAUCCAUGAACCCUUCAGCCAGUCUCAGUUCUAGCCCCUCCACUACUUCCCCAAAUACUCCAAUUGACUCCCUAGACCUUCAGUCUCCUGCUCAGCACUCUCCAGUGGCUACAGACGCAGCAGGACAAAGACUGACUCCGGACAGAGACAGCUCAGCUGACACCAAACCACCAUCACCUGUGCCUGAUGGAUAUCAUACACCAACCUUCCCCUUAGCGUCUUAUUACUACCCAUUACUAAACGUCCCCCAUGUCCCAUACACCGGUUACACUGCAAUCACUAUUCCCGCCUUUCAGCCACCACUCCCAGAGAAGAAACGCCUUUCAUCAACACCAGGAUCCCUGAACAGACACAACUCUCUCCUCCGGGUCUCCUCAGCUCCUCCUCCCACACACCAUGUUACUUUCUCCCCUUCUGUGGGAGAGCAAAGACGCGGGUCUGCACAGUCCAGGGAGGAGGCAGACAUCAGGGUCAAUGCAAAGUUUGUCCAGGACAGCUCCAAGUACUGGUACAAACCAGGCAUCUCUAGAGAUCAAGCCAUAGCUGUAUUGAAGGACAAGGAACCAGGAACUUUCCUCAUCAGAGACAGUAACUCUUUCCAGGGGGCCUAUGGCCUGGCCCUCAAGGUGGCCACCCCUCCUCCUAAUGCCAACAUCACUGGCAGCAAAGGGGAUCCUCUGGAACAGCUGGUGAGACACUUCCUCAUCGAGACUGGGCCACGGGGAGUGAAGAUCAAGGGCUGUCAGAAUGAGUCCUACUUCGGAAGUUUAUCUGCCCUGGUGUAUCAGCAUUCAAUCACUCCCAUCUCUCUGCCAUGUGCCCUUCGCAUUCCAGAAAAAGAUCUGGUUGGGGAGCUUCAAGAGAUGCAGAGUGCGACAAACACGAGCACAGCGGCUGACCUCCUCAAACAAGGAGCAGCUUGCAACGUGCUCUACCUGAACUCUGUGGAGACCGAAUCAUUGACAGGGCCCGAAGCUGUUUCCAAAGCAACCAAAUGCACUCUGGCUCUGAGUCCACGUCCUGUGGCAACAGUGGUUCACUUCAAAGUGUCUGCUCAGGGUAUCACUCUAACAGACAGCAAAAGAAGGCUUUUUUUCAGGAGGCACUACCCAAUCAGCAGCGUGACUUUCAGCAGUCUUGACCCCCAAGAUCAGAGGUGGACUAAUUGUGAUAGCACGUCAAGCAAGAUGUUUGGCUUUGUGGCCAGACGUACAGGCAGUGCUACAGAGAAUGUGUGUCACCUAUUUGCAGAGAUUGACCCUGAACAACCUGCUGUGGCCAUUGUCAACUUUAUCAACAAGGUUAUGCUGGGACCACAGCUACGCAGAUGAAGAUUGAGGGGAAAUUGAAAACUCUGGACAAUGGGAGAUCUAGGGCAGAUAUUCAUAUGAUUCAUAUUUUUUAAUGAAGUGUGUUUUUAACUACAUCUGUGCUUGAAUUUGUGCAGGUGGCGCCACUGUUCUCAGUGUGUGAUUGUUUUUUAUAAGAGAAUCCAGUUGUGACAGCUCACUGCCUUGUGGGCCAAAGUGUUGUUUAUAUGUCAGUUUACAGAGUAAACAGUUACAUGGGGAUAGUUUGAUAAGCCAAAGACUGACCUAACUUUGAUAACCAUUGCCAAAUGAGAUUAAAAGAACAGUUUAAAAAAAAAUGUUUUUGCUGUUGAUAGUCAGUGUCAUUUUAUUUGUGUGACAUUUGUUAUCAUGUUUCAAAUAGUUCCUUCCUUUACAGUUACUUUAAACAAACUUUGCAAACUGGCUGCAUGAGUGAAGAUCCA